AUGGGACUUGAACGUGGUAUGCAAGCUGUGGUGACAGCCGUGGUAUUCAAUGUACUCGCAUUUGUCUUCAUUGUGCUCCGGUGCAUUUCUCGGUUUAUGGUCAUCCACCGCGCUGGACUUGAAGACUAUUUGAUCAUAUUCGCUUUGGUACUUUCCACUGGUCUCACCGUCACGAUUGCACUUCAAAAGGAGCAUGGCCUGGGCCGUCAUGCGUAUACAGUUAGCGAAGAAGACAACGAGACUCUGUCAAAGCUACUGUACGCCAGUAUCAUAGUCUACAACCUUGGACUAUUCCUUGUCAAAGACUCUAUUCUCUACCAGUAUUUGAGAUUCUUCGUCGAGCCGCGUUACCGUCUUGCGGCAUGGGCUCUCAUAAUCUUCGUCUGUCUCGCCGGGGUGACCUUUAUCUUGACCUCUUGCUUCUCCUGCUGGCCGGUCGCGUAUUACUGGGACAAGAGUAUCAAGGGUGGUCAUUGCAUUGAUCUGAUGGCAUUCUGGUUCAGCUUUUCCGGCUUUAACAUCAUCACAGACCUGGCAGUCUGGGUGCUUCCGAUGCCUGUCCUGAAGAGCUUACGACUUCCAAGGAGACAGAAGUUCAGCUUGAUUGCCGUGUUUGCAUUGGGUGGCUUCGGCUGUAUCACGGCCAUUCUUCGUCUCCACGCCCUCUACAUCGCAAGCAUAUCGACCGAUCUUACCUACGACAAUGUCGGCGCGGCGACCUGGUCAGCAGCGGAACUCAAUGUGGGCAUCAUGUGCGCCUGCAUCCCCGCCAUGAGACCCAUAAUCAACUCGAUGUUUCCCCGUUUCCUCUCCUCCUCGCGCCGCGACCACCAAUCCAACCCGUACCCCCGCCGGGUAUCGUAUGCUCGAAACGACAGCGUUGUGGAACUCUCGCAGGCUGUGAAGGCACACAGUGAAGUGAGCCGAGACGACGCGGCCAGCUUCGAUCACGCUCACGAGUCGCAUGGAAUUCGCGCUAAGAACGAGUGGUCUAUUAGUGAGCACGAGCGUGUCUGA